CGAUCGAUUUUUUAGGUGCAGUAAACUUAAAAGUGGAGAGAGAGAGUAUUCCACUUUGCUCCCCAUGUUGCAGAGAUGGAGGAGAGGGUUCCAUAGCCAGCCUUGAUGUUGUAGUGAGUUUUAGAGAGAGAAAGUUCCCAUUUCGAGCAAUGAUUUAUAGCGAGUUUUAGAGAGAGAGAGAGAGAGGGGGGAGAGAGCCAUGAUGAACGGUGUCCUGAAAUCCAGAGUCUUCAACCGUUAUGAUAACCUCACCCCCUCUGUGGCCCACGGAACGGCCCUCUUUCAUUCCAGUGCGGCUUCAGAGAGGAGGAGGAGGACGCAAUGGGAUUUUGACUUUGGUGCUGCUAGAGAUUCCAAUAAGAGAUUCAACAGUUACACAAACAGAUUCCGAAGGAUGGAAGGGAAAAAGACAUUGCUGAGGAAUGUUGCUGCAUUUGCAGAUCAUCUAUUCCAGAGCUGGCGAUUGGGUGAUGAAGAGAAUGAUCAUUCAGAGUCUCGCAAGGGCACCUCAUGGGCAUAUGGAAGUGCAUAUGGUGGAAAGAGAACCAGGCAAAGCACUUCUGGCUCACAGGAAUCUCCUUGGGGAAGUUACAGGAGGAAAAAGAAAGGAGGCUUCCAUUUCUGCUUUGAUGAAGAUGAGGAUGUUGAGUUUAUAUUUCGAUCUGCUUUUGGAGGUGAACGUUACUGUUAUUGGUCAUUUAAUAAGGGGAGUAAUUUCCAUUGGAGGGAAGCUUCUAGAACCACUUGGAAUUGGAGAUCUAGGAGAGAAAGCUAUUCUUCAGAUGAAGAUGAAUCUGAUUCAACUUCAGAGAGACUGGCUCUUGGUUUGAGUGCUUCUGAACCACUAAAGCUAGAAGAUGUUAAGAGUGCAUACCGAGCUUGUGCUUUAAGAUGGCAUCCAGAUCGUCACCAGGGUUCUUCAAAGCAUUGUUUUUAGGAUCAAAGCACGCAUGAUUUAGUGGUCUUUAGGUGAACUCUCCACCAAAUUUGGCUCAAGAAACAUCUUGAGGAUUUUAGCGGGAGAACUUCAUCACAAAGCAUCUUGAUGAAGCAUUUCCUCUGUCAAUAUUCAGGAAAGAAAAGGGAUUUUGGUGGCAGGGGACCUCUAGUUGUUCUUUUUACAUGGUUGUGAACAGCCAGUAGUCUUUUCUUUUUUGAAUUGCCAGGAUGGGUUCUGGUCGAUAAGACCUUAACAAAUUGGGUUUAGUGAUCUACUUGACUGAAACCGUUCAGCCAAUUCAUUGAAUGUGUUGUAUGAACUGAAAGGAAGAUUCUUAUACCACCAUGGUAUGCUGCUCUCUAUGCCCCAAGAAAAGAGAUUACAUGGGAUAGGACCCCUAAAUCUUCUGUAAAUUCGAGAACCUCCUGAAGUACAGAUCCCAGGUGACGCUUGGGAGAUCAUUCUGUAUUUAAGGAAAUUUUUGAGCGGGAAAAUGAGUGAUUAGAGCUCUGUAACAUAACCUGAAGGAUCUUUACAUAGAUGAGAAGAGAAGCAUAGAACAGUUGCUCUCUGAGUAUCAUGUUCAUGUAGGGAAAGUAUACUACUGCACUAUACCCAUCGUGUGUGUGACUUCCACUUGACAGACCGAUGGACUUUGGGCACUGGAAUGGUUCAUCGCCAUUCUCCAUCUUUGAAUAUGAAUUGUGGGGAUUGUGGGGAUGAAUGGCAUACGCACUGCGCACAUGAUGUUCUCCAUGUGUUGCGGCUUGUUUGAGUGUUGUGCUGUUACAUACAUACAAUUGGAUGUGCUUAUACAUGUCUGCUUUUGCCAGAACUGUUGUGUACCGACUUAUUCACUAUAUCAUAAUGGCUUAAAUUUAUUUGCUUGAGAUUUAAACUUAGUUGU